GUCGCUGCCUUCUUGCGUCACGUCAAGCAGCUCAGCAGGCAUGAGCAGAAUCCAAGCUGGAAGCGGAAGCUUCACGUUCCCACCGCCUUCCUCCCUCCUACCCCUCUUUAUUUAACCAAAAACGAAAAUGGAAAUUACAGUUCGUCUAUCUUUGUUUAUGUAAUUUUUGUUUUACAGAUUGUUGGAGGAGCCUGUUGGAUUGGAAAGACUGCUUUGCGUGCUUUGAUUUGUGCUCUUAGAUCUGAGUGAGAAAGAUCAUGCGGAGUUUUUCCUUCUACGAGAGAUUUUCUCGUGCUUAUAAUGACUAUCCUUCUCUCUCCAAGCUCGUGGUUGCCUUCACUGUGAGUGGUGGGGGUUUUGUAGCUUAUUCAGAGUCAAAACCACAUCAUGACACAUCUAUCAUUGGUCCAUCUGAGGCUGAUAGCAAGCGAAAAAGAGUGGUGGUACUUGGUACCGGUUGGGCUGGAACUAGUUUCUUGAAAAAUCUCAAGAAUUCUUCUUAUGAUGUCCAAGUGAUAUCACCUCGCAAUUACUUCGCCUUCACUCCUUUGCUACCCAGUGUUACAUGUGGCACGGUUGAAGCUCGCAGUAUUGUUGAACCAAUUCGCAACAUAGUUAGAAAGAAAAACGUAGAAAUUUGUUUCUGGGAAGCUGAGUGCAUCAAGAUCGAUGCAGACAAUAAGAAAGUUUAUUGUCAAUACGGUCAAGAUACCAGUUUAAAGGGCAAAGAAGAAUUUGUUGUAGAGUAUGACUACCUUGUGAUAGCCAUGGGUGCCCGUGCUAAUACAUUUAAUACUCCUGGAGUAGUAGAGCAUUGCCAUUUCUUGAAGGAAGUAGAAGAUGCUCAACGGAUUCGCAGGAGUGUUAUUGACUGCUUCGAAAGGGCCAGUCUACCUAACCUGAGUGAUGAAGAGAGGAAGAAAAUUCUUCAUUUUGUUGUUGUUGGUGGUGGCCCGACAGGUGUGGAAUUUUCUGCUGAGCUUCAUGACUUUGUGAAUGAAGAUUUAGUCAAAUUUUAUCCUGCUGUCAAGGGUUUAGUGAAAAUAACAAUUCUCGAGGCAGGAGAUCAUAUUUUGAAUAUGUUUGACAAAAGAAUUACAGCUUUUGCUGAAGAUAAAUUUGGUAGGGAAGGUAUUGAUGUUAAAACAGGGUCAAUGGUUGUCAAUGUAUCUGCUGAGCAUAUUUCUACCAAAGAAAGAGGAAAUGGAGGAAUUUCUUCCAUACCCUAUGGAAUGGUUGUCUGGUCAACUGGCAUAGGACCUCGCCCAGUCGUUACUGAUUUCAUGAAACAAAUUGGGCAGAUGAAUAGGCGGGCUUUAGCAACUGAUGAAUGGCUGCGCGUUGAAGGAUGUGAUAACAUAUAUGCCCUUGGGGAUUGUGCCACAAUAAAUCAGCGCAAAGUCAUGGAGGAUAUUUUGGCAAUAUUUAGGAAGGCAGACAUGGACAAUUCUGGGACACUAACGGUUAAGGAGGUUGAGGAAGUGUUCAAAGACAUAUGUGAAAGAUACCCUCAGGUAGAGAUUUAUUUGAAGCAUAGGCAGAUGAAAAGCAUUGUUGAUCUGCUGAAGGAUUCCAAAGAGGACGCUGCAAAAGAAUCCAUUGAAUUGGAUAUUGAAGAGCUUAAAUCAGUUCUUUCACAAGUGGACACCCAGAUGAAAAAUCUUCCAGCAACAGCCCAGGUUGCAGCUCAGCAAGGCGUUUACCUUGCUGAUUGUUUUAACCGCAUGGAAGAAUGUGAAGAAAACCCGGAAGGUCCUCUCAGGUUCAGGGGAUCUGGUCGCCAUCGAUUUCGUCCCUUUAGGUACAAACAUUUGGGGCAAUUUGCUCCAUUAGGAGGAGAGCAGACGGCUGCACAGCUGCCUGGGGAUUGGGUUUCUAUUGGACGGAGCUCACAGUGGCUUUGGUAUUCUGUGUAUGCAAGCAAGCAAGUCAGCUGGCGUACAAGAUUUUUGGUGGUAACGGACUGGACGAGGCGUUUUGUAUUCGGAAGGGACUCAAGUCGCAUUUAAGGCUGCUAAUAUGAGUGGCACUAUGCAACAUGGCGAGCCUGUGGGAUCACACUGCUCCUCAUCUGUCACGUGGGCUCGUGUCGUGUCCAUCACGGGCCUGCCUCAUUCAGCAUUUUCCGAAUAAUAUAGGUCAAAAAAUCUUUAAAUAAGCAUCUUGAGGUGAAUUAUGGAUUCCUCCUGUAGGCAUCAAUAGCAGUAUCAGCCAUGGAGUUUUCGUCAAAUUUUUGUUUUUUUGCAUCUUAAUUUUGCUCAUCCAAUUCUUUAAUCACUUGGAAGUGAUUAGAUAGGCUGUGUCAACUGGUAAAUUAAUGAUUGGUGUGUUGAGGGUAUAGUCUCCCGAUCUCUGGGGCAAAAUUUUCACUUCAGAAUUGAGCUGUCUGUUUUAUUUGUUAUUUUUUUUGUGUUAUUUAUUUUGAGGCAUUAUGCUACCAAUAAAUGAAAAAAGUACAAAGAUUAUUAUA